AUGUCCAUAGUUUGUAUCUAUCUGCCUAAUAUUUCUAUAUCUGUCAUAGAUAUAGAAGGAUUUAUAACUGUAAAGAAAAUACGAAAGAAAAAGAUCACAAGGGCUGCUCAUGUGGAGGGACUUGAUAAGCUGGAAUGUAAAAAGUCUGACUCAGAUUCAAAUUCAAAGUCAAGCGAUGAUUCUUCUUCCAAAUCUGAUUCUGAUUCUGAUUCUGAUAAGAAAUCUAAUCAUUCUGGUUUGAAAUCAGACUCGGAACCAAAAUCCAAUGAGCUGCAAUCUAGUGACGGCAAAGACUCCAAAAUACAGGUAAAGAAAAUACGAAAGAAAAAGAUCACAGGGGACGCUCAUGUGGAGGGACUUGAUAAGCUGGAAUGUAAAAAGUCUGACUCAGAUUCAAAUUCAAAAUCGAGCGAUGAUUCUUCUUCCAAAUCUGAUUCCGGUUCUGAUUCUGAUAAGAAAUCUAAUCAUUCUGGUUUGAAAUCCGACUCGGAAUCAAAAUCUAAUGAGGUAACGAAAAUACGAAAGAAAAAGAUCGUAGGGGCUGCUCAUGUGGAGGGACUUGUAAAGCUGGAAUGUAAAAAAUCUGACUCAGAUUCGAAUUCAAAGUCAAGCGAUGAUUCUUCUUCCAAAUCUGAUUCCGAUUCUGAUUCUGAUAAGAAAUCUAAUCAUUCUGGUUUGAAAUCCGACUCAGAAUCAAAAUCUAAUGAGAUCACACAGAGGAAGGAGGCGGCGCUGCAAGCACAGAUCGCACAGAGGAAGGCGGCGGUGCCCAAAGAACAGAUCGCACAGCGAAAGGCGGUGGCGGCCAAGGCGCAGAUCGCACAGAAGAAAGCGACGACGCCAAAGGCACAGAUCGCACAGAGGUAG